UGAGUGGGACCGGCGGCACCGGGCGCUCCGAGCCGGCGGUGGGGCUCGGGGAGCGGCCACAAACCGGGUCCCCCGCCGCGGGGAUCCUCCGCCGCGGGCCAUGGCGGCGGCGGCGGGUUCCAACUGGGGCCUGAUCAUGAACGUGGUGAACAGCAUCGUGGGGGUGAGCGUGCUCACCGUGCCCUUCUGCUUCCGACAGUGUGGGAUCCUCCUGGGAGCCGUGCUGCUGAUCUUCUGCUCAUGGAUGACUCACCAGUCCUGCAUGUUCCUGGUGAAGUCAGCCAACCUCAGCAAGCGCAGGACCUACCCCGGCCUCGCAUUUCAUGCCUAUGGAAAAGCAGGAAAGAUGUUGGUGGAAACAAGCAUGAUUGGGCUGAUGCUGGGCACUUGCAUCGCUUUCUACGUCGUCAUCGGCGAUUUGGGCUCCAACUUCUUUGCCCAGAUGCUCGGAUUCCAGGUGUCGGGCGCCUUCCGCAUCGUGCUGCUCAUCGCUGUGUCCCUGUGCAUUGUCCUUCCCCUGAGCCUCCAGAGGAACAUGAUGGCCUCCAUCCAGUCCUUCAGUGCCAUGGCUCUCAUCUUCUACAGCGUGUUCAUGUUCGUGGUUGUGGUGUCCUCCUUCAAUCACGGGCUCUUCAGCGGGCAGUGGCUGCAGCGAGUGAGUUACAUGCGCUGGGAGGGCAUUUUCCGAUGCACCCCCAUCUUUGGAAUGUCUUUUGCCUGCCAGUCGCAGGUCUUGCCUACUUACGACAGUUUGGAUGAGCCUUCUGUCAAAAUCAUGAGCUCCAUAUUUGCUUCUUCCCUAAACGUGGUCACCACCUUUUACAUCAUGGUGGGCUUCUUUGGCUACGUGAGUUACACCGAGGCCAUUGCUGGGAACGUCCUGAUGAACUUCCCUUCCAAUGUGGUGACGGAGAUGAUCCGAGUGGGAUUCAUGAUGUCGGUGGCAGUGGGGUUUCCCAUGAUGAUCCUGCCGUGCAGACAGGCACUGAACACCCUGCUCUUUGAGCAGCAGCAGAAGGACGGCACCUUCGCUGCCGGGGGCUACAUGCCCCCGCUCCGGUUCAAAGCCCUGACGUUGGCUGUUGUGUUUGGAACCAUGGUCGGAGGCAUCAUGAUCCCAAAUGUGGAAACAGUCCUGGGCCUGACAGGUGCGACCAUGGGAAGCCUCAUUUGUUUCAUCUGCCCAGCUCUUAUUUACAAGAAGAUCCACAAGAAUGCGCUUUGUUCACAGAUUAUCCUGUGGAUUGGGCUGGGAAUGCUGGUGAUCAGCACCUACACCACCCUGUCUGCCACCGAGGACACCCCUGUGAGGACAGAAGCAGUGGGCUUGGAGCACCUGGACAGAGAGGAGAACAGAAUUGACCAGGAUUCAGUUAAACUUCCAGAGCAGAACCCAGUGGUGGAGGAGCCCGAGGAUGACCGUGAUAAACCCAAAGUGCCCGAGGAGAAGGAGGAGAUGGAGCAGCCACAGAUCAAGGUGCCCGUGCAGGUGCCCAAGAGAGAGGAGGAGAGAGGAAAGGUGGAAGAGAAAGUGCAGCUGGACCGUCCUGAUCAAGGGAUUGCCGUGCCCGUGGGGGAAGCUCAUCGCCACGAGCCCCCGGUCCCACACGAUGAGGUGGUCGUGGACAUGGGGCGGGAGCAGGAGGAAUCUGAGGAGAACAAAGUGGCUCCUGGAGGAGCCAACGACCGUCUGCUGGAGGAGCCAGCCAGGCUGAAGCCCCAGAAGGAGGCACUGGACCCAAAACAAGGGCAGGAAGUGGUUGCUGAGAACCAGCAGCGGGAAGAGACUGUCCCAAAUCUGGAGAAGGCCCCAGAGGCAGCGGUGCAGCAGGGUGGAAGGCCACCCUACAAGGAGCUGGAGCCAGGGGAAGCCAAGCUGGAAGCCAAGGCACAGGUGGCCGUGCUGGAUGGUGACACUGCUGAGGCUGCUGAGCGGGACAAGCCACAGCUCCAGCUCCCUGGGAAAGCAGAGGAGGCUGUAAAGCCCAUGGAGAAGGAAGCAGAGCCUGGUGAAAAGCAGGAGCUGCCCCUCCCGGAGAGAGCAGAACUGCUGGAGAACCAGAACACUGAGGACAAACAGGAGAAGGCAGGGGAAGCAGGACCAGCAAAACUUCUGGACCACAACAUGCUGCUGCAGGUGAUCAAGGAGCAGCAGGUGCAGCACAAGCAGCUCCUGGACCAGCAGGCUAAGCUGCUGGCAGUGAUCGAGGAGCAGCACAAGGAGAUCCACCAGCAGCGGCAGGAGGAGGGGGCAGAGGAGAAGCCAAAGCCAGCAGAAGCACAGCCGGAGCCUGCCGUGCCCCUCUCCAGGAGCAGGGAGGACGAGGGCCUGGGAGCCAAGGGGGACAUGGCUGGGAAGCCACUGAGCAAGGAGCAGCUGGAGCAGCGCCCGGGCCAGCAGCCCCCCGAUUCCAAAGAGCAGCACAGGGACAUCGUGGGGAAGCUGGAAGAGGCUGAGCACAGGCGCGACAUUCCUGUGGCUCCUCCCAAGGAGCGGAAGGUGCCGCUGCAAGAGAAUGACAGAGCUGUUAAGAAUCCUGUGGAGAACCGGGAUCCCCUCCAUGGGGAUGCCCAGCGUGUUCCAGCAGCCAGAAACCACCUGGAGAAAAAGCCCUUGGCGGAGGAUUUGGGAGGAGAACGUGAAGCCAAAGCUGGAAGAGAUGUCCACCAGAAGAAGAAUUUCCUGAAAGCCGUGGAAGCAGCUACAGCUCCCAUCCAAAGAGAACAGCCGGGGGCUGCCAAAGUUCAGGGAGUAGCAGGAAGGAGUUUGGAAAGAGACUCAGGAACAGACCUUAAAGCCAAAACUCUGAGUCAGGUGGAGCCCAAGGACCUGGCAGUGCUGCCGGACUCUUCCAGUAACAGGAAUGUGGCAGUGAGGGAGCAGCACCCCCGGGAGGGGGCGGGUGGGCGGCAGCGCGACCCGGCUGGCCACGGGCACAGGAAGGAGGAGGAUCCCCGGGAGGAGCCGCGGGGCCGGCAGGGCCAUGGGGGUGGGGGUGGAGGUGGAGGUCCCUCCAAUGGCGCCGAGAGGAAACCCAGCCCUCAGGAUGCUCCAGCACCGAAGUCCGAGAACGGAGCGGCCGCCCCCAGGGAUCCGCAGCAGCAGCCGGACCUCAAACCCAACCGGGACCUGAAGCUGCAGGGGGGCCUGGACCUGCGGCGCAGGAGACGGGACCUGCUGCCUCCCGACCAGGAGGAGGAUGGGGACGAGGAUGGGGAGGAGGAGGCGGCUGCAGCAGGAGCUGGGGGGGUCCUGAUCGGUCUGAACCCCCUUCCCGACGUGAAGCUGAACGACCUGCGGAGCGCGCUGGAGACGCGGCUGAGCCAGGUGGCCGAGGGCGCGCAGCACCUGGGGCACAGCCGCCACAUCCAGCAGGUGACACAGGACAGGAGCCCGUGACGUGGCUGUGGCUGUGCUCCAUUGGGCUCACCCGUGCUGCUCAGGUAUGGAGAGAUCUAAGCCAGCAGCUCUUUGCUGGAUGCAGCGCUCGGAUCCACGGGAUCUCCUUGGAUCCCUGAGCACCGCCCCGAGGGCUUCCACAGCAGCACCCCCAGUGUGUGCCUGCGGGCAGCCGAGGAGAUGGUGGCAUUGGAAGUGACAUUCCUGCUGUCCCCUGCCUUCCAGAGCUGCCAUCCACCUCGGCUUCCUGCCAGGCCGCU